AUGACGUUAUUAAAAAGACUUUGCAUAAACAGUGUAAAACUCUCUCAAAUUCGAUUGAAAUCGAAAUCAACCGAGCUACAGAAAUGCGACGAAAAGAAACCGCUCCCGAAGAAGUACCCGGAUUUCUUUAAAGUACCGAGGCACAUGAGCCCGGCUUACAAACCGGACGAAUACAGGGCUUACUCGCCGCACCAGUACAUCGAAAAUAAAGUAGAAUGGGCCUUGGCGCGAUUGGACGACAUCCUGAACUGGGGAAGGAAGAAUUCCCUAUGGCCGAUGACCUUCGGGCUGGCCUGUUGUGCUGUGGAGAUGAUGCAGUACGCUGCUCCAAGAUACGAUAUGGAUAGGUAUGGUACGGUUUUUAGAGCCUCGCCUCGACAAACAGAUGUAAUUUUAGUUGCUGGUACAUUAACUAACAAAAUGUCUGUUGCUUUUCGAAAAGUCUACGAUCAAAUGCCGGAGCCUAAAUGGGUAAUAUCUAUAGGAAGUUGCGCCAACGGUGGCGGUUAUUACCACUAUUCCUACUCAGUGGUAAGAGGCGUCGAUCGCAUAGUACCGGUAGAUAUUUACGUACCAGGUUGCCCACCAACAGCCGAAGCGAUUCUCUACGGCGUGAUGAUGCUACAGAGAAAAGUAAAACGAAACAAUUUCCUGCAAGGCUGGUACUGGAAGAACAUCAGACAAAACCCAUUACCAAAUUCCAAGUCCGACCUGCAAUAG